AUGUCGCUAGAACCUCUUCCGACUUUUUUGACACUUCCUGUUGAACUUAUCGAUCGUAUUCUUGAUCUACUCGAUACCGAAAGUAUUCUAUUUUCAUUUAGUGCUGUCUGCAAACGAUUUCAUGCAAUUGCUUAUAAUUAUAGUCGAUUAACGAUCAACUUCACUGAUACAUCAUCAAAGGCUGAUAUUCAACGGAUACGUCGAGCUAUGCGACCGGAAAAUGUCAUUGCACUUACUCUGAAAAAUUCAUCGCGUCAGUCGAAUAUAAUCAGACACUUUUUAAGCUCCGUCUAUAUUUAUCAAUCGACUCAACUUCGUUCGUUAACACUUUGUAACAUCGAAGAAUAUGAUUUGCAAACAAUUAUCAAAUCUCUCACUACUUCCAAACUUGCGUCAUUGUCACUCAGUGUGAGUAAGGCAAAACCAUUAAGCACACACUCCAUUGAUCUUCUUUCAGCGAUGGUUGCAAUAUCAAGUCUUCGUCGGCUCAUUUUGGAUAUUGAUCGUAGAAUAAGUGAUCAUAUAUUGUAG